AUGCCUUCAAGACAACCUUCUUCGUUCCCACAUCAACAGCCCACAAAACACAGAGCUACCAUCAUCUUCCUCGUAAUCACUGCUUUUUCAUCAAUUCUUAUACUUAUUGGAGUUCUUUACUUGCUUUACUACCUGUGGUAUACGUUGAUUCAUCGGACUCGUACUAGUCCGCUUGAUUCGUGUCCAGAAUUUUUGAAACUACGUCGUUACAGCUACAAAGAGCUCCACUCCGCCACCAAUGGCUUCUCCGAUGAUAAUUAUAUCGGAAAAGGCGGUUCAGGUACAGUGUACCGUGGUAUACUCAGAAAUGGAAAACUCGUUGCUGUGAAGAUGCUUGAUUCGGAGUCGUUAGACGCCGAACGUGAGUUCCAAACCGAGCUUCGAAUCCUCGGUGGAUUAGAGUCGCAGUUUAUCGUUUCAUUGUUAGGGUAUUGCUUUGAUAAGAGGAAGCGAUUGGUGGUUUAUGAGUACAUGCCGAAUCGGAGCUUACAGGAAUCUCUUUUCUCCGAUCGUAGCUUGAAUUGGGAGAGAAGAUUCGAUAUCAUCCUAGAUGUUGCUAGAGCACUUGAGUUCUUACACCGGGAAUGUGAUCCGCCGGUGAUUCACGGAGACGUGAAGCCUAGCAACGUUUUACUCGACACUGAGUUCCGUGCAAAACUCGCCGAUUUCGGCUUGUCGAAAUUGAAGAUCGAGCCGGAAUUCGGUGUGGAUUUGUUCAGUCAGGAUCUAUCAGGAACUUUAGCUGGCGGUGGCGUCGGAGAGUCUCCGGCGAUUGGAACUCCAGUCGAUAGUAGUACCGCUAAUGAGGUAGAUUUCGCUCUUGCUCUACAAGCUUCCUCCUCUUCGACGCCGACCAAUAAUAAGGUUGUGUGUAAUAAUCCAAAAUUUGGCUUCACAAACGAUAAAGGAAAGGACAUUGAAAACGGUGGUGGUGAUGAUUGGAUUAACAAUAAAUUCACGAAUUAUGAUGACGAUUUAGGUCUUAAUUUCGAUAAUAAUCACAUUGGAGAAUCCAAUAUGAAUCCCUCCGACGAUCGCAAAAAUGGCAAGAAACAAUGGGGGAAAGAUUGGUGGUGGAAACAAGAGGGCAGCGGUGAGCUUUGCAGCAAGGACUACGUCCGAGAAUGGAUCGGAAGUCAAACCUGUCCAUCGGCCAAUCCAGAUUGGGAUGAUGAUAAGAACUUUGAAUUAAAGGAUUCCAACGACAACGAAAACAAACCAGAAAACGAAGAACAGAGUGGCUGGAAACGACACCGGAAAAUGCAAGAAUGGUGGAAAGAAGAACACCUCGACGAACUCAGCAAUAAGAAAGUCGAGAAGAAGAAGAAGAUGAAACGAAAAUUGAAGCUCUCGAUCUUCCGAAAAAAACGAAAAACAAACCGUCAUAAUCACGAAAACGAGAUCGAUCCAAACACAGAGUUCAGUUUCAGGAAGAACUCAAAGAAGAACAGCGAAGAUCUCUUCAGCCGCGAACUCAGCAGCACAACAAGCAUGCGAGGGACACUUUGUUACGUAGCACCAGAAUACGGUGGUUGCGGUUAUUUAAUGGAGAAAACCGAUAUUUACAGUUUUGGAGUACUGAUUCUGGUGAUUGUUUCUGGUCGAAGACCAUUACAUGUUCUAUCAUCACCAAUGAAGCUUGAGAAGGCGAAUUUGAUAAGUUGGUGUCGACAAUUGGCUCAAGGUGGUGAUUUGUUGGAAUUAGUGGAUGAGAGAUUGAAAGAGGGUGAAUUUUAUAAUAAGGUGCAGGCGAUUUUGUGUGUGAAUUUGGCUCUAGCUUGUUUACAGAAGAUGCCGGAGUUGAGGCCGGAUAUUGGGGAUAUUGUGAAGAUUUUGAAAGGGGAAAUGGAUCUCCCGGUGGUUCCGUUUGAGUUUUCACCAUCGCCGCCUUCCAAAUUGGUCGGAAAAUCUAAAUCAAGGAGGAAGAACAACAACAAUGCCGAUUGA